AUGGACGAGCAAACGUGUGCCUUUGUCGAGUUCAACGACGAGGACGACAACAGUUCGCGUCCGAGUAAACAGAGCGCGCCGCGACUUUUCCACACCAGCCGCUUGUCACGCAGCAAACAGAGCGGCGUCAGUGCCAGUCACAGCCAAAGUCACGCUCGGAGCCGCGUGCUCUCGCACAAUGCGGAAAUGUACACGGACAAAGACGCGAACGAGUGCAUCUUGCACGCCAACGCGCCGCCGACGUACACUGGCGGGUUCAACGAGAUCAUGAAGCAGAUCAAAGCCAAGACGUACUACACGGAGCAGUUCCAGCGCGUUCAGCAGCAAACGAACAUGAGCCAUCUGCUCUUUUUCUCCAAUGUCGCCCCGACGUUCUACGAGACCAGUUACUUGACCGUUGCACAGGACACGUCCGUGUCCCGAGUCCGCGCCUGCUUUCUCAUCAGUUUUGUCGGACUUGUCGUCCUCUACAUGAACGAGUGGCGCGAUGACAAGUGGUCCAAGAUGGACACAAAUGGACGCUCGGAUGGCGAUGAAACGGCCAUCAUGGCAAUGACGUUUGGCGUCAUGUUGCCAUCGUUGGUGCUCGGCAUUCUCGCGACGUUCACGAGCGUAGGACGGAAGAACUUGGAAAACGUGACGGCUGCAGUGUUUGUUAUUGUUGCGGCUAUGAUGAUUGCGAAGAAACCAGUGGAGAAGGUCAAAGGCCCCGUGAUCCCGCUGCUCAUUUUGUUGAUCCCGAUCUUUGGCAUCACGAGGAUGCGCUUCGUCAAGUCGUGCUGCAUUGGCUGGGGCAUUUUCUUCAGCUACUUGAUCGUCAUGAUGAGCGUCCGCAACACGCUGCCCGUUCCAAGCACCUUUGACUCGUUCACGGACAUUUCGUACCAGGCGAUCAACUACGGCAUCACAGCCAUUGGCGGUAUGGUGUCACAAUACCGUCAAGAGCUCCUCCGUCGUCGUAAUUUCUGUCUGCAGCUGCCAUUCUCUGGCACGAUGGGAGCUGACGCGUUGGAUGAGAUCAAGACGGACAAGUUUAGCAAGAAAACGCUCAUGCACCGCUGGUCACUGAAGUUCCGCCACCCCGAAGUCGAGGAGUGUUUCUAUCGCUACUGGUACCUCAUUGAUCCGUUCCCGUACGAGAACCCGAACUCGGGAUCGCUGCAUCAGGGCGUGUUUCGCACCAUUCGGUUCGCCGUGUGGACGUUGUUGCUGAACCAGUUUGUGCUCUUGUUGCAAGACAUCAAGUUCCUCAAGGUCAAGAAAGAUAAGUUCGUGGACGACAGCGACUUGACGUAUGCGCUAGUGCUUCGCUUUGGGGUCACAGUGCCGCUCUACUUCUCCGCAGCGCUGUUCAUGUACUUUUUGGGCAAAGCGUUCUACGCUCGAUGGGUCAAGGAAGCGAACGAUGCGACGAAUGCUGCACUGACAAGAGGUUCGAUCGUCGACGUCGACAUUAAGUCAUUGAAUGACAACCGCGAAAGCUCGAGUAACGUCCUGAUCGGGUCGGCCCGAUCGACGCAGGACACAGCUCGCAUGAAGCACGUGGUGGAAGCCGCACAGAUCAAGUACGCCACGAAAGACCGCGUGUUGGAUGUGCUCAUCCACAAGGGCGGAUACGUGCGCUCGACGCAGCUGUUCUCGUCCCUCGUGAUCGCCUGCCACGUUUGCUGCAUGGGCAUUCUCUUGUUAGCCGUAUCCACCGGUCCGAAAGUCGACGCAUUUGACAACACGCCCGGCACGACUCCAGGGCAGCCCAAGCCAGUGUACUACAUGGGCUUUCUGAACGCCGUGUUGUUUGCCCAUCGCUCGGGCUUUCGCGUGCGCUUCGUAUACGCAACCUACACGACGUUUGCAGUGGCAUUGGGCAUCAUCAUUGCAGCGAGCGUCAUGUCCCCGGCCCAUUACCAGCAAUACGCAGGCUACGUGGCGGUUAUCUUCCUCAUGGGAAUGAUGAUCUCGUACGAAGAAGAGAGUCUCCGUCGCUCGUUCUUCGUGCUCAAGUCGAUCCGGACACUCGAGUUCGAAGAGUGGUUCAGUGUCGUCUUGCGCCUUCAGAGUUGGGUGAAGGACCGCUUUCGCAAGCGACUGCGGGACGUGCGCUUGAAAGGCUGUCGAGAGACUGCGAGCGAUCGGAAACCGGAGGCCAAAGCGCUGCUGAUCAACACGUCGACCCAAAUGGCGUACGCUUCGAGACUCGGCAUGUACUCGCAGAUGUUCAACAUCAUAAUUGCCAUUGUCGACGUCAUUACCAGUAGCGUCUGA